ACUUCAUUGUAUUUUCAAGUUAUUGUGUUUUAAAAUCGACCCGAAAGCAACGGGAAAAACAUCAGAAAGAAAUUUUAGAUUAUGUGUUCAACUCCUUGUGUUCAAUAGUAUCUACUGUUUGGAAGACUGAGGUAAACUAAAUUUUGUCUACAAAAAUGGCGCUCAAUCAGUUUGCGAGCGAUUGGAACGAUUCGUUUGAAUUGAAAAUUUCGGUUGGUGAUAUUAAGAAACCGACACAAUCAUUUUUGUGUGGGAUUCUCGAUUUCUAUCUGGGUACCAUUCACAUCGAUUGUGAUAAGAUGAAAGCAACGAUGGGUGAACGUCACUUUAAAAUAUGGUUGGUUAGGUAUUACAAUGAUUUCUUCAGAACCUGCAAUCCGAAAUGCUACCCACUUUAUUAUGGCGAUUUGCUCAAGCCAGAAUCGAAAAAAGUCUUGGAGAUAUUGCGAUUUUUGCUCAAUUUUCAUCACUUCCAUAAUGCUGUUCAAACGGAGAUCGUCGGUACGGCAAACGGUAAAAUUGAAUUGUACAAUCAGUGGCUAGCGAAGAAAAAUCAACUCCAACUUCAUCGGGAGGAGGCGAAAAUUCAAUCGGAGCUGAAAAAAACAAUGCUGACGGAAACUACGCGCUCGAUAUCUCAGUACAAACAACAGUUGGAAGAUCUAACCGCCAAAAACGUCAUAUUAACCAAGGAAGCAGAAGAAGCCAAGCAACAAGUGUAUCAUAUUCGAGUCGAAAAUAUUGAUCUAACGUCCCAAAUAGAUGGAGCGGAGCCGGCUAUUGUAACGGAGCAUGAGUUCAUGGCCCUGAGCAAAACUAUUCAGACUACCGAUAUUGCCAUUUCUGAGCUGAAUGCCAUAGAGAAGGACAUCCAAUCCAAAAAUAAAUGUUUUUCUCAAGAGAUGAGUCGAUUAAAAGGCGAAAUUGAUGAAUUAUCUGCAAAUAUAAAUGAGAGUAGCAUCGAAGGCUUGAUCGAAAAGGAACGAGAAGAAAUAAAAAAUCUUACCGAGCUCACGAAUAAAGUUAAGGAAUUCCGAAAUCAAAUUGAAAAUACAGUUGCCAAACGUGAGGAGCUACUAGAAAGCAUCAAGUCUUUGGAAGCCCAGUUGUCGAUUAAAAGGAACGAUUUAGCCUCAGUAUUAGAAACUUGUCAGAUCAAACAAAUGAAAAUGGAAAGUCAAUGCAAACUUGGUUCAGUUACGGCCGCUGACUUGGAGAAAAAAUUCGAAAUGCUAGAGCUGAAGGUCGAAAAAUUGAAGGCAACUCAAAAGGAAUUAAUUGCAAUGGGCUCUCAAGUUAUCGACCACAUUAAGAACACUUAGGAAGAAGAUACAGAACAGAUAAAAUAAAAAAAAUGUGCAUGCGUUGGGAACAGAUUGUGAAAUAAAUAUUUGUAAGCAUCGACAGU